AUGGCCCAAGGAACACUCAAGAAGCUGUCAAAGCCUACAAAGGCUAAGGCAAACCAAAAGCCCAAAAAGGGCGUCACCAAGCCCCAGAAGCCCAAGCUCAAGUCGACCGCCGAUAAGGUUGCGAAGAAGCUUACUUUCGGCCUGGUUUCCCGCACCGAAGAGAUGUUGGGCGAGCGCGCCGGUCACCUCGAGCUGAUUGGGAAGGGCCGGAAGAAGGGAGAGGAGCAGAAGUACAAGGGUGGUUCGAGGAAGUUUGGCUAA